AUGAUAAGGCCAGUUUUACGCACACGCAAACACUUCUCUGUGGCUGUGCGCGUGUGGCUUCAUUUUUGUUUAUUUAUUUAUUAUUAUUAUUUUAGGUGCCGCGUGUGGCUUCCAACACGCCUCAGCGCGGCGGUUGCACGCAUGAUUGUUUGGUCACGUCGCGUUUCCACGAGCGUUUUAUUCUGCGGUGUCUUUAACGGCCCCUUUUCUGCCACGUUUGUGACGCCUUCUCGCUGGAAAGGGGACUACGGCUUUAACGUUUUCCAUAACUCCAACCCGCAGCAUGGCGGGUCGUACGCCCGUCAUGAGCGACGCAUGCGAGAAGAUGAGGUGGCAGACUUUUUGAGGAGCGUGAAGGGGUGGGUGCCGGCGGACGAGGCGGUGACGGCCUCCCCCGCUGUGGAGGGGAGCAGCGAGGCGGCGGAGGAGGAGAAGGGACCGACGCCGAUGACUGUUUUCACCGGGGAGGAGGCAAUAAAACGGGAAUUUGUGUUCCCCACGUUUCACGACGCGUAUCUUUUCAUGGGCCGCGUCUGGGCCUUCUGCUACGGCAGCGACAAGUACCCGCACGUCACGUGGGAUGGAACGCACAUCACGGUGUACCUCUACUCCCCGUCGUUUCGCGGAAUCAGCAAGCGCGAGGCCCGCCUGGCAGCCUUUCUGAAUGACCAGUACAACAUGUUUAGAAAAAGCAAGCGGCAGCAGGAGCAGCUGCUGAGCGUUGCGGUCAAACAGACACGAAUGGAGGAGUUGAUGGGAGGUGUUGUGGCAGAAAAGUUGAAGCAACGCGAGGAGGAACGGCGGAAGCCAUUGGCAGAAGUUACGGAAAGCCGUGCAAUCAAAUGGGAAUCGCUUCUUGAUGAAAACAGUAGCGGGAAGAAGGAGAAGAAGUCAUGA